UGGAGAAAGAGCUUAUGCUUUAAAAAGACCAGAGUUGUCUGCAGCGAGGAAGUGGUGAUCAACUCCUCUUUUGACCAGCCAUCUGUGUUUAUUUGUUAGAAAUUAGUUGCACAGCUUUGAAGUUAUAUCGCUUCAACUGGUUACAAAAUUUUGACAGCAUACGCACAACUACAACGCUUUCAUUUUCGCUGGCUGGGUUUUAUGAAAUUUCAAAGGUUCACGACACUCAGCAGGUGUGACUGCGGAAACGAUUGGGCAUACACGUAGCAAGGUAAUCUGUGACUCUGAUGUUGUAAUAGCCCUCUUAUUUUGCCCCAGUUUAUGAAUCGGCCACCAGGCCGAACGUGUUACCGUUGGGCAAACAUUUGUUGUGCGUAAGGCUAAAGCAUCAGUUCAUCAAAGCUGCGCUGUUGUGAUUCUAUUACAUGAUCCAGCCACCAGGAUACGCAAACAGAAGCUAGCAGCUGACAACAUGGAGAUGGUACAGAGAGGAUAUUCUCACCUAAAACAGUCUGCUUUCCUGCUUUUUGUGUUCCUGUUGAGAACUGUGGACUCUCGGUAUUGCUGGCAUAUCUUCCAUGGUCAUACACAGUACUUCUACUGUGGGGUCCAUCAGACGUGCUGUGGAACAAAGUGUUGUGACAACAUCGUAGCGUUUUACAGACUCUGGUACUUUUGGAUAUUUGUGCUGAUGUUGUUCGUGGCGUGUUCAGGUGGAGGCUUCUGGCUGCGAAGACGAAGGAUGGGAGAUGAUUUAAGGGCCUCUCUCACCUCAACGUCAGACGAUGGGUUUGUCAGAAACCUCCGAGAAUAUAACCGUCCAAGAAUCGUAAAUGUACAGCGAGAUCAGUUUUCUCCUGUUCACCACCAGGAGGCCAAUCAACUUCCUGUUCAGCCACCAGCAUAUUCCGAUGUGGCGGAAUCAAAACCACCGAGCUAUGAAAGCCUUUUUCGAGAUCAAGGACAGCGGGGAGAUAACCCUAGUUUCCAAGAAGAAGAAAGACACUCAGAGCACAAUGGAGAAUCCAAUCAUGCCCUUGACAAAGCACAAGGACAAAUGGUUGUUGUUGUUUCAUAAACUCUUUUAAGAUAACAUUUAAUUGUUUUUGUAAUUAAUCUGUAAUUCUUUUGUUGAUUUGUUUUUUGGGGGGUUUUUUUCUCACAAAAUUUGUAUUCUGUGAACAUCUAUAUACUAUAUAUUUAUUAAGUACAUAUAUAUGUAAUUUGUUACUAACUUUCAAUGGCUGUUGGUGAUAUAACGUAU